AUGAAAAAUGCAGCUCAACUCGAUAUCUUAUCAUCUUCCUCCACCGUCAUCUCCGCCGCCACCACCCAUUCAAAACGCUCAAAGAGAUCUCAACAAGAUAACAAUGGCAAUGAGCAAAAGAAGCGUCAUGAAAACCGCGUUGGUGGUGACGGCAGUGACGGUGGUGGAGGACAUUACCCUACGUACCGAGGUGUACGGAUGAGGAGUUGGGGGAAAUGGGUUUCAGAAAUCCGUGAGCCGAGGAAGAAAUCAAGGAUAUGGCUUGGGACAUUCUCAACGGCCGAGAUGGCGGCUCGAGCCCACGAUGUGGCGGCAAUAGCCAUAAAAGGCCGUUCGGCUCACCUCAAUUUCCCCGAAUUGGUCCAUUUACUACCGCAACCAGCCACCACAUCACCCAAAGACAUCCAAGAAGCCGCCGCCAAGGCUGCCGCCUCAUGUGGCGGAGAUGGAGACCGACCACCGAGCCAAGAAACGCUUUCCGACUCUAAUUCAUCGAACACUUUAUCAUCAUCAGAUAACAAUACUCAAGAAUCAUCAAUGGCAUCCCCAUCUACAGAAGAGGAUGACACAUUCUUUCACUUGCCAGAUCUUUUGCUCGAUAACACGAAUUGGACGAGAGACGAUUUCCACUAUUACCCUUCAUCGUGGCAGCCGAUGGCUGAAGCCGUUACUAGCUUUCGGCUCGAACCAGAUGAACCAUGUUCAAUUCUUUGGUAAAUUUAUCACCUAGCACGAUAUGCACGAUCACUCGUGACACGAUACAUUCGACUGUACGUUGCAACAUGCUCGGGGAUUUAGCGACACCGCAAGGCUGAUAUUUUUGGUAAUUCAGACAUCUCGUCAACACUGCUAGUGCAAAUUUUCCUUACUGUUAUCUUCAUGACUGCAAUAAUCGGUGAAAAUAUCUGUAAGAUGAUCCGAACAUCCAUAGGUUAAAAAAAAGGUUUUAGAACCAAUUUAGUUGUAUGAUUCGGCAAUUUAGAGAAUCGAAGUCAAGAUCUUGUCAACUUUAAUUAUCACAAUUUGAUAAUUAUUGUUUUUUU